ACAGAAUGUCCGCAUGUGAAGAAGAGAGUGCCGUUCCGGCUCACCGGGCCCCUCAGCCCGUCCCACUGGGCCCCGAUCUGGCUCAGGCUCACCCACUAUUGGACAUCACCUUGACACCAGACAAAGGUGGAGGGAUACUGCGCCGGGAGCCCUCCGGGCGGAAGAAGGGGCCGCGGCAGGUUCGCUUUGACGUAGAUGAAGAGGCGUCAGGCAGAGAGGAGGCCGCCCUCGCAGCUCCCAGAAUGCACAGCAGCGAGGUCCUGAAGCAAGAAGUGCGGGUUCAGGCGCGGCGGGAGUUUGACGCCGAGAGCGCAGUGCAGAGCGAGCUAAGUCGAUCGUAUCGAGUAAAGCGCAAUGUAGAGAGUGAAGCGUUCAGAGCGCUGAACGUGUGUCGGGAACAGAACCUGUACCGGGGGCUGGUGAGCGUGGAGCCACCGAGCGAACACAUCCAGAGACUGACCGCCCGGCAGAGGAAGUCCGAGCACCGAGAGCCUCAGGUCCUCGCAGUGGACGGGCCGGACAUUUUCGCCUUUUCAGACGCCGGUGAGCGAUUCACGGAGACCCCGUACCUGAGCGUAGAUGGACUGCCGCCCCUGACCCUGCUGCCUCGCACCCGACCUCCC